GAAGAAGAAGCCUCCCCUAUGGCAGGGAUCCCCAGGGUUACACACACACGCACACACACACAUACACACACCGCUGGUUACAUGGCUGACAGACACGACUAAGUUGGUGCAAACAGUCGGGAGAUCGUCCAGCAAGUGUCCCGGUCCGCUCACUCACGACGACACGAUGGAGCAAGAAUUUGAAGACAUUGAUUCGUCGGGGGGGUGGCAAAACCUUUACAACGAGAUCCGCACUCAAGCCAAUGAAUACCCUUACAAAGUGGCGAAACUUCCAGCGAAUCGGAAUUUGAACCGCUACAGAGAUGUCAGCCCAUACGAUCACAGUCGGGUAAAACUUGAAAACUGUGAAAAUGACUACAUCAAUGCAAGUUUAGUCACGGUGAAAGAAGCCCAAAGAGCUUACAUUCUUUCUCAGGGGCCUUUGAGGAAUACCUGUGGUCAUUUCUGGCUAAUGAUUUGGGAGCAGUGUUCCAAAGCUGUUAUCAUGCUCAACAGAGUCAUUGAAAAAGGAUCUGAAAAGUGUGCACAGUACUGGCCCACCACAGAGGAGCUACAGAUGUCUUUCCCGGACACAGGGUUUGUUGUGAGGCUACUUUCAGAGGAAGACCAAUGCCAUUACACGAUCCGAGUGCUCGAACUGCAAAACACAAAGACCGAGGAGACAAGAGAGAUCUACCACUUUCACUAUACCACGUGGCCUGAUUUCGGCGUUCCAGAGUCUCCCGGCGCCUUCCUCAGCUUCCUCUUCAAAGUGCAGGAGUCCGGCUCCCUGGGCCUGGAGCACGGGCCCUCGGUGGUGCACUGCAGCGCUGGGAUUGGACGCUCAGGGACUUUCGCUUUGGUGGACACCUGCCUGGUCCUGAUGGACCAGAGGAAAAACCCGUCGUCCGUGGACAUACAGAAGGUGCUACUGGGCAUGAGGGAGUACCGCAUGGGCCUGAUCCAGACCCCCGACCAGCUUCGCUUCUCCUACAUGGCCGUCAUUGAGGGAGCCAAGCUCGUCUUGACAGGCAACUCAGCAGCACAGUGCGACCUGAGAGCGUUGCACAGAGGCGACUUGGAGGCAGAACUGCCGCCUCCACCACCUCCACCCAGACCUCACCUCAACGACAACAGGCCCAACGGACCAUGUCUAGAGGCACAGGCCACCUCAGGAGACGACCUGCUGGCAGGAGAGCAACACAGCCAAGACCACAGCGUGGCAGACAACUCGGGGCAUGUCAGGAAGCGAAACCGAGAAGAGAGGAUCGCAGGCACUGCACAGAAGGUCCAACAGAUGAAAAAGAGACUGACAGAAUCAGAGAAGCAACAGGAGAAGUGGCAGUACUGGAGGCCCUUCCUGUUCAACGUCGGUGCCGGGGCAGUCUUUGUCGUCGGCUUGCUGUGCUGGAUCUACUCCCCGUGAAACUCUCUGGGUCACUUAAAACUGACUCCUAUUUUGCACCGGUACCUGGGAUUAGGUACUUCUUCUCUUGGUAGAUUUAGACGGUAAUAUGUGCAUAGCUGAGGGUAUUUAUUUCUUGAGGUCAAGAUGCAGAGCGCUAGAUCAAAUGAGUGUGUGUAUAUUUUUCAUGUAAGAUCAUAACAAAAAUAGUAACAUCUCAGGAUCUCGGUGCCAGCACGAUGAUUUAAUUUCCUUUCCCUCUUGUCACUGUUGAUGAAUGUACUGUAUCAUAGCAAAAUGGCUUUCAAAGAAACUUAAGGUGCAGUACAAAGAAAAUCUGACAGGUUUAUUUUUGCAUUCUUUAUUUGUAAUGGUCGGAUGAGUGUUGAUCAUCUGGACACGUUUUGCAUUUCAAAAAUAAUUUCUGUUGACUGUUCAUCCUAACAUAGAUAUGUAGGAAGACUCCAGAGCCUAGAGGCCAGCGAUGGGAUUUUGUUUGUUUGUUUGUUUAAAUGUAAUGAGAUGCAUGCAUUUAGAGUUUUUUCCAGGGCACCACUUGUUCUUCCAUUCAUAUUUAGCAGGGCAUCCCAACAUGGCCAGAUAUAUAUUUUUGUGUGACUGGACACCUCAUAGGGAGCUGCCUUGCAAACGUUUCAAAUUCUGCUAGAAUGUUAACCUCUAAUUUUCAGUUACACAAGCAUGUUUAGUUUCUGUUUUUUUUUUUUGUUUUGUUUUCUUUUUGAUAGAGUUUCGUUGUCACUUGGAUCUUACAAGCUGUCGGGUCCCUCGCCGAUUAGUGCAUGAAUAUACCCACUGGAUGGGUUCAUGUUUGUACGUUGAGGUUAUCCCACUGUUGUUUUUGAUGAAACCAAAGCAAAGCUGUCCGUUUUAGGAAGGUAACAGCCAGGCACGCUGUUAAAUGACAACAACUCCCUUUAUGUGGAAUGUAUUUUCUGUUAACUGACACCUGUAUUUCACAAUGAUACUGUUAAUAGUACCAUUGCAUUGCGUGUGUGGCUCAUUGAUUUGAACCCGUAAAUCACACGAAUGGUUUUCAAUUGACUGGGACCAAUCUAAUGCUAUAAUAGUGCAAUUUAGAAGAUGGAGCAGAGCACCUUGGAAGCGAGAGUUGAGCAAGAAAGAGAGAGAUAGCGAUCACAUCUGUAGCUGUUUGUUUGCUGGUUAAUAAAGUUUUUAAUGUGCCUUGAAGUGAGUUACAAUGGUGCGUUCCAAGGUGUCCCAGCAUAGUCAGUACAGAAAAAAAGAUUACGGGAACCGUUUUGUCCCACAUAACAUGAAUAACAUGUUUGCACUGCAAUGUCUCAUUUAUAGCAACUGAAGGUGUUGUACAAUAAAUUAUAUCUAAGUUGACUGCAAACCAAAUGUGUCAUUAGCAUGUACUGACUCCUGAAAUGAAAAGUUUGAUUGGCAAAUGUUGGAAUGACUUUUUUUUCCUUCUUCUUUUUUUUCCCCCACACAUUUACUCAUUUAACUCGAAAGACGUGCAGUACAUUUGACCAUAACAUUCCAUUCAUUCUUAUUUUCCACAUAAGAUUUCACAGGAUUUUUUGUACCCUGCUGCGCUGCAGUGAGAACAAUGACUGAGGUGUUUUGAGAAAAGAGAAAAAAAAAAAAAAAACAUGCAAACGAAACGUGAAAUAUUUCAAAAAUAAAUAAAAUGUUCAUCUGUUUUUUACCAAA